AUGCAGCAACAGCAGCAACAACAGCAACCACACUGGCCUACGGUGGCCGCGGCGGUGGCAGCAGCAGCCACCGCCUGGCAGACGGCGGCAUCAGCAACAGCAACAGCAGCAACAGCAGCAACAACAGCAGCACCAGCAGAGGCAGCAGCAGCAGCAGCAACAGCAAAAACGGCGCUGGAGGCCGCAGAGGCGGCAGCAGCAGCUGCAACAGCAGCAGCACCACCACCACCACCACCACCAGCAGCAGCCCCCGCCCCGCCCCCCUGGUGGGCUACCCACCAGGGCUGCCCAGCCCAGCCAGCCCAGCCGCGCCCCCGCCCCAACAAAGAGCAAGAGAAGAAGGAGAGGCGGAGAGAAGCUCGUAGAAGAAAGCAGAAGCAGCAGCAGAAGGAGAAGGAGGAGAAGAAGCAGAACGAGGGCCUGCCCCAUCGCCCGAGGACACAAGAACACGAAUAA